AUGGGGUUCGAGGUGCGGAGGACGAGCCGGUCGUACGUGCGCCCGGCCGCGGCGACGCCGGCAGGCUCGCUGGAGCUGUCCGCCAUUGACCGCGUGGUGGGGCUGCGCCACAUGGUGCCCUCGCUGCACGUGUAUCCGCCGCGCGGCUGCGGCGACGGCGCCGGCGGCGAGGGGCAGCUGCAGCAGCAGUCCCCCGCGACCGUGAUCCGGGAGGCGCUGGGGAAGGCGCUGGUGGACUACUACCCGCUCGCCGGGCGGCUCGUGGACGGGCCCGAGGGACCGGCGAGCGCCCGCGUGGAGUGCACCGGCGAGGGCGCGUGGUUCAUGGAGGCCGUCGCCGGGUGCAGCCUGGAGGACGUCGCGCGCCUCGAGAACUACCCGUUCGCCAUCCCGGAGGGCGACCUGCUCCCGGACGAGGCGCCCGGCGUGGAGCCACUCGACCUCCCUCUCAUGAUGCAGGUGACCGAGUUCACGUGCGGUGGCUUCGUGGUGGGGCUGACCUCCAGCCACUCCAUCACUGACGGCCUGGGCGCUGGGCAGUUCAUCAACGCCAUUGGCGACUACGCCCGCGGUCUCCCCAAGCCCCGUGUCACUCCCAUCUGGUCCCGCGGCGAGCUCAUCCCAAAGCCGCCGAAGCUUCUCUCAGGCCCUCUUCCCGUACCGCGGAUGUCCGAACUCAGGUACCUCACCGUGGAUCUGAGCAUCGACAGCAUCGAGCAUGCCAAGUCCCAGUUCCUCCAGUCCACGGGGCAGCGCUGCUCCACCUUCGACGUCGCCAUAGCCAGGUUGUGGCAGGCGCGGACAAGAUCGCUGCGGCUCGCUGACCCAUCGACGCGCGUCAACCUCGGCUUCUUCGCCAACACGCGGCACCUCUUGCGCGGCGGUGCCACCGCCGGAUUCUACGGUAACUGCUUCUACACGGUGACGGUGAGCGCGGAGAGCGGCGAGGUGGUGAGCGCGGACUUGGCCGGCGUGAUCGACUUGAUCCGGGACGCGAAGGCGCGGCUCCCCGCCGAGUUCGCGCGGUGGGCGGCGGGUGAGCGCGUGGAGCCGGACCCCUACGACCUGAGCUUGUCGUACGAGUCGCUGUUCGUGACGGACUGGACCCGGCUGGGGUUCAUGGACGCCGACUACGGCUGGGGGACGCCGUCGCUGGUGAUACCCUUCGCGUUCCAGCCGUUCAUGCCCAAAGCUAUUAUCGGCGCGCCGCCGGCCCCCAAGGCGGGGGCAAGGAUCACGACACAGUGUGUCGAGGAGGUGAACUUGCCGGAGUUCAGGGACGAGAUGGAAGCAUUCUAGAACUGACACCACACUAUGCAUGCUCUGAUAUAGAGGGGCGGAGUUGGCGUGCAUCAUGCAGUACCUGCUCAUUGACGUUGUACGUAUCUCAUGUCAAACAUUGCUUGUGGACUUGUGGUGUUCCAGUUAUGGAAAUUGUAAUAAGGUACAGUUUGUACCAAGGCUCUAUUAUUUCCUAUAAUGAAGUAUAAAAUUUCUAAGAAGAUUUUGGUC